GAGUGUGCGCGGAUCGACCGCUAUACCCGCGACGGUUGUGUCUGGGACAAUAGCUGGCUUGGACAUAUCGGCGUGCGGUGCUCGUGCAGCGACGGCAACCGACAAUGCGAUCUCAACGAUAAGUGCGAGGGACGAAGGCAAGCGAGAGUCGGUUCGGAGCCGGGAGGCAGCAGUGAAAGAGGCGAUCGCGGGAGAUGCGGGAUCGGUGAUUGCCGCGGACGCCGCAUACAUCGCUCGAGCCCUCGUGAGGCGCGCUCACCGUCCGCGACGCAGAGCAGCCCCCAGUUCACCGCCAGAUCCAGUUCACCACCGCCGCCGUUGCUUCUCCGAGCUCUGAGAUCCCUACUAUGCGCUACGCUGUGCUCGUUACCGGACCCGCCGGGGCAGGCAAGUCAACCUUCUGUGGCGCACUCAUGACCCACCUGCAGACCGCCAGACGCACUGGACACCUUGUCAAUCUCGACCCCGCGGCGGACGCCAGCUCAUUUGAGUACGAGCCAGCAAUAGACAUCAAAGACUUGAUUGGCCUGGACGAUGUAAUGACCGAGUUGGGCUAUGGCCCGAACGGCGGGUUGGUGUAUUGCUUCGAGUAUUUACAACAAAAUAUGGAUUGGCUGGAGGAGGAACUGGGUGGGUACGAUGACGACUACCUCAUUAUCGACUGCCCAGGACAAAUCGAGCUCUACACGCAUCAUCCAUUCCUUCCCAUGCUGGUCCGCCAUCUAAACCGUCUCGGCAUCCGAACAUGUGCCGCCUACCUCAUCGAGUCGCAAUUCAUGGAAGACAAGUACAAGUUCUUCAGCGGCGUUCUCUCGGCUAUGAGUGCGAUGGUGAACCUCGAAAUUCCCUGGAUCAACGUGAUGUCCAAGAUGGACCUAGUCAUGAGCAGCGAGAAUGACGCCGCAAGCGGACGUAACGGCAUCCGGACCCGCAAGGACAUCGCGAGGUUCUUGGACCCAGACCCGAUGCUACUCGUGUCUGCGCCGGGAAGCCGCGAGGAGAAGACCGAGCGCAACUCGCGCUUCCACGCGCUGAACCAGGCGAUCGUCCAGCUCAUCGAGGACCACCCGCUGGUAUCCUUCAUGCCGCUCGACCUGACCAACCCGGACUCGAUUGAGACCGUCCUGAGCCACAUAGACUACACGAUGCAGUACGGGGAAGACGAGGAACCCAAGGAGCCCCACGACCUCGACGAGGGUGACUUCGUGGAUAUGGAGUAACUUGGCUCUCUGCGCGCCGGCGUGCCCGACCCUUCACACCCUUAGGCUUUACUACGAUUCGCCCGGCGCCUCCUCUCCCCUAUCUCUGGACGUGGAUGCGAUAGCUGUGAGAGACCGGACUAAAAGUACACGUACACAUCUCUUAACACAUUUGCAAUCCUCCGACGCGACGGCAUGCUAGGACGGACAACCGCCUGUGACUGGCCUCAGGUGUU